AUGGAGUCGUGCCCUUCCAUUAAGAACAUCCUCCUCCUCGAUUCUGAAGGGAAGCGUGUGGCUGUCAAGUAUUAUUCAGAGGACUGGCCAACGAAUAGUGCAAAGGAAUCUUUUGAGAAAGCUGUAUUUACUAAAACUCAAAAGACAAAUGCACGGACAGAAGCCGAGAUAGCAAUGUUUGAGAACACCAUUGUAGUCUACAAGUUUGUUCAAGACCUUCACUUUUUUGUUACUGGGGGUGACAAUGAAAAUGAGCUCAUUUUAUCCACAGUUCUCCAGGGAUUUUUCGAUGCAGUUGGCAUUCUCCUUAGAGGCAAUGUAGACAAGAAGGAGGCACUUGAGAAUUUGGAUCUCAUUUUAUUAUGCCUUGAUGAAAUUGUUGAUGGCGGUAUUGUCCUCGAGACCGAUUCAAAUGUUAUAGCAAGUAAGGUUGCAAGUCAUAGCAUUGAUGCUGGAGCUCCAUUGUCCGAGCAGACAAUUAGUCAAGCUUUGGCCACUGCACGCGAGCAUCUAGCUAGAUCACUUCUUAAAUGA